AAUAUUUUAUUUACAACAUUAAGAAAAACAGAGUUUUCUAUAUAUAGUCACUGUAGUAUCGAUUACUUCAUAAUAGCCCGGGGCAGUUUCUUGCGCAACUGGGCUGUAGAAAGGGAUGGAUUGUGUUACCUUUGGUUUUACAUAAGUGUUUCCGUGUGAUGGAAAAUUCUGUUGUUCACUCACCUCGGGUGAUGAUGUCUGAUUGAAGUGGGAGCGUGUGAGGCGGUUCUCCCAGGUGACUUAUUUCUAACCAGUUUUUGGAACUCCCUGGCGGUAAGAAAGAGCAGCUAGGCCACCAAGGGUAUAAACCCGUCAGCUGGCAACGGGUUAGAAAGUAUGUACGAGGGGUUCUGGACGGGCGCCAGCUGUUCACAGCUGUGCUGAGGAGCAAGGAAAGCAAGAACUACUGCUCCGAACCCAAGCUGUGUCUCGCAAAUGAAGGGCGCACCGCGGUGCUUUCAGCCUCUCACUUCAAGGCACAGUGACACAGCUACCUUCGACACCCAAGUUGGGCCAUUCGCUGAAAAAGGAGGGGGAGAAACGCUCCGCGAGUAUUAUUUUUUCCUGGCCAGCAGCUUCCGUGUCCACAGAGUGUGUGUGGCCCCCGGGCUAGCGUACACUUACAAUCGGUAGGAACCAGCCCUCCAGGGAAUAGGUGGACGGCAGUAAAGGACGUGCUGGGCGCCCUCUGCACAUGUUCCUAGGGCGCCAUCUCUUUGCAGCCACUGACUCCUCCAGCAGGUUUCCCAGCGGCUGCCUCCGGAGCGUGUGAACAUUCCAAGCCCCAGCUCUGCUCCAACCUGCACAGCCAAGCAUGCUUUCCAGCCCCUAAGCCUUCCCUGCUGCUUCUGCUCCUAUUAGACCUCUCGGGCUUUCCGGAUAGUCGACACACGCUUUGCCUGAGUUCAGGUUCCUUUCCUCAGUGUGGACCCAAACGUCCCGGAAGCAGCAAGACCUGAACCUGGCUUUAGAAGAAGAGGUUCCAAGACCGAGGGGAUACCAUGUUCACGAAACUGUUCCAGCAUUGGAGUUUCGCAGUCUUCCUGCUGAGUUAUUCUGUCCCCUGUUAUGGGAGAUCAGUGGAAGGGACAAGCCGCAGACUCAAAAGAGCUGUAUCAGAGCAUCAGCUACUGCAUGACAAAGGGAAGUCUAUCCAAGAUCUACGAAGGAGGAUCUUCCUUCAAAAUCUCAUUGAAGGUGUUAACACAGCAGAGAUCCGGACUACUUCAGAAGUUUCUCCAAACCCUAAGCCUCCGACUAACACAAAGAACUACCCUGUCCGAUGUGGCAGUGAAGAUGAGGGUAAAUACCUAACUCAGGAGACAAACAAAGCUCAGACAUACAAAGAGCAGCCCCUGAAGACAUCGGGAAAGAAGAAGAAACCAAAGCCUGGAAAACGCAAGGAACAAGAAAAGAAAAAGAGGCGAACCCGCUCAGCAUGGCCAAAUUCUAGAGAAUCUGAGAAUGGAAAUGAAGGGGUCCCCCUCUUGGACAUCUCUGGUACUACACAUGAUCACAAUUUAAGGAGGCGUUGAAUUUUCAGUUGAGAUCUUUGGAAAACGUAUUGCAGUAUUCUGUAAUAGUGAACAUAUGGAAAGUAUUAGAAAUAUUUAUUAUCUGUAAAUAUUGUAAAUGCAUCGAAAUAAAACCUCCUCCUCCCCAUUGCUCUCUGAAACUGCACAUUUGGCUAUUGUGAAUUUUUUUUCCCUUUUUUUUUUUUUUUUUUUUUUUGCUAAGGCUAAGCCAAUUAUUAUUGUCACAUUUACCAUAAUUUAUUUUGUUGAAUGGUGUAUUUAUUUUGUGAAAGUAUCUUGGUGCUGCUGACUUUCUAUACAUAUAUAUAUAUUGUAACAUAAUGCACUUUAGAUAUACAUAUCAAGUACAUUAAUAACUGACAUCAUAAUAAAGUGUUCCUCUUUUGUGGUUGAUUUUAAAUGGAUGCCUAUGAACAACUGUUCAACUGAUUUUCCUCUGUGCAUGUAAAAUAGCAAUAUUUUAAAAUUUGUAAAGAAUGUUUAAUAAAAUAUAAUCUUAUGAAAUCA